ACCGGCUCGGCCGAGAUGCCCUCGCUCCGCGGGUCCCAGCCCGGAGAGCGGCGGAAACCCGGCGGUGAGAGAGCUCCCCGCCGGCUGCGCAGGCACAGCGUUCAGCGGGGAAGGGUCACUGGCGGGGCCGGGCUGCCCUCGCCCCUCCGGGCGCGCUCGGCCGCGGGGCUGCGGGAGCGGCCCCACCGGCAGAGGGGCGGGGCCGGGCCGCGGAGGGGGCAGGGCCGCCCGCCGCAGUCACCUCGCACAUACCGCGCCGGGAGGAGGGAAAAGGGCCCCGCUCCGGCGGAGGGAUACAGCCCCACGUAUAUAUCCGGACGGCGCAGGCUCACAGCCCCAGCACUCUGCGAGCCGCGCCGGGAGGAGGCAGCAGCCGCCGCCGCCGCUCGUGGUCGCGCAGUUCGUGCAGCCGCCGCCGGGCCCGCCAUGGCUGAUCAACUGACUGAAGAACAGAUUGCUGAAUUCAAGGAAGCCUUUUCCCUAUUUGACAAAGAUGGUGAUGGUACUAUCACAACAAAAGAACUGGGGACUGUCAUGAGGUCACUGGGUCAAAAUCCAACAGAAGCAGAAUUGCAGGAUAUGAUCAAUGAGGUAGAUGCUGAUGGCAAUGGCACUAUCGACUUCCCUGAAUUUUUAACCAUGAUGGCCAGAAAAAUGAAGGACACAGACAGCGAGGAAGAAAUCCGUGAGGCAUUCCGAGUCUUUGACAAGGAUGGCAAUGGCUAUAUCAGUGCAGCAGAACUACGUCAUGUUAUGACAAACUUAGGAGAAAAGCUAACAGAUGAAGAAGUAGACGAAAUGAUCAGAGAAGCAGACAUUGAUGGGGAUGGGCAAGUCAACUAUGAAGAAUUCGUACAGAUGAUGACUGCAAAGUGAAGAGACCUCCUUUACACCUUUUUUCCUCUAGAAGAAUCAAAUUGAAUCUUUUACUUACCUCUUGCAAAAAAAAUGUUCAUUUAUUCAUUCUGUUUCUGUAUAGCAAAACUGAAUGUCAAAUUACCUUCUGUCCACAAACUGCAUGUAAUGGUUGGUGGUCCUGUCCCCAAAAGAUAAAGUUAAACAUCAGUUUUACAAUAUAAAUAAUUGUACUACCUUGAAAAUAAAAAAAAAAAAGGAAGCACUUAGUGAACUCAGAAGUUCCAUUUGCUAAUGACUAUUACACUGUUUGGGCUGGCCAGUUUUUCAUGCAUGCAGCUUGACAAUUGAGCACAGUCAGACAUGUGUAUUAAAAGGAAAAAAACAACCUAAAGGAUCCACUCUUUUGUUCAAUAGUGGAUUCUAGUUCAAUUUGUAGUGUAAAUUGUCAUAGCUGGUUUACUUUAAAAUUGGUUUAUACCUCAGGAUGGUAUGCAGCAAAAUGGUUGAAGGAUGCAAAACUUAAAGAAAAUGCCCUAAAGGUUGAAUGGUUCUCCUGUACGUAGCAGUGUGCUCCAAAAAUACGAUGAUCUUAACUAUGGGUGGCAUGUCUGUGUUAAAAUACUGGUUUAACAUUGUCUGCAUUGCACUAUAGUGAAACGGGUGUCAGGCUGUUACCGUUCACAAAAUUUUUAAAAGAAACCUUCACCAAGGGAGCAUCUUUGGACUCUCAUGUUUUUAAAACCUUCUGUACCAUGACUUGGAGCUGGCGGAGUAGCCUGUGGACUUCAGCACAACUAUCAACAUUGCUGUUCAAGAUAUUACAAUUUAUGUCCAUUCCAAGUUGUAAAUGCUAGUCUUUUUUUUCCAAUAAAAGACCAUUAACUUAAAGGUGGUGUUAAAUGCUUUGUAAAGUUAAAAUAUAUAUAUAUAAUUGAGAUAAUAAACCAAAAAAGCAGUAGGAGGGAAGUGUUUCUAUGAAUGACUUGCUGCUAAAUUAUAAUGCACAUGUAUGCAAUAAGUUAUCCCCUAUCUUUUCAAGAUGGCAAGAACUGACCUCCUGUAACCCAAGACCUUUGCUAUAAAUAAAUGAACUUGUGCUUGCCUUUCAUAUUACGACAAUGUUAAUUUAGUUGGUCUCAAAGUCGUGUAAUGCUGACUCGUCAACUAUCAGCACAGAAGUAACACCUCAUUUCACUACAGUGGAGAGCUCUGAGCAUGCAUGUCAAUACUGGGGAAACAUGUAUAGGUUGCUUAUUCUUUUUGACAGGUUAUAGAAACUAGUUGAAGAAUUUAAACAGCAUGGACUUCAUAGAUAUCUAUGAUUCUCAAACAUGCCAAAAAUGCAUUUAUCUACCCACAGAAAGAAAACAAAAGGACAUUUUACAGUAUGUACUAAAAAAACCAAACUAAGCCUUUUUGGAAACUGGGGCUAUUAUGUCUUGACUUAUCUUCUCAAACACUUGCAUGAAUUUUGUGGGGUGGAGAAGAGGACUAGGGUUAAUUUAAAAACGAUCUUGUUACUUCUGCUUUGCAUGCACUAGCAGUGCUUAGUCAUUCCAGUUCUCUGAAUAAGUGUUCUCUGAUCCUUCAGCUUACCCAUGAAUGAGUGGCAAAGCAGCCGUGUGCAGUCUUCUUUGUCUGAAAGAAGAAUGCUUUUUCUCUCUUUUUUUUUCUUUUUUUUUUUUUUUUUUUUUAGCAUCGGAGCCUCCAUGUGGAAGGCUUUUAUGCUUGGGAGGGAGGGAUUACUGCAUAAUCACUUGACUGUAAGUUUGUUUCCAAAUGUAACUAGAGUUGCAAACCUUAAUUGCUUAAUUGCCUUUGGUUUUGGAGAGUACUGAUACUAUCUCUUGGAAAAGAUGCAAGUCUCCAUUCAUCCUGUCUAACUGAGGUGCCUGUGUUAAGAACUUGGUUGCUUGAAGUACGGCUUUGCUCAGUGAGGUGUCAAGAGACACCUCCAGAAGGCAAUUGAGACUAUCUGCCUUCACUGAUAUUUUUAUUCUUUUCCUGGGGGGUGGGGGGAGACCUGGGUGACUAGGGACCCAGACACCUUAACAAAGUGCCUAAGGUUAGAUGGGCUGAAUGCAGGCAACUGUUUAGAUAUCAUUUGUUGCAAAGGCUGAUUGCUGUGGCUGCUGUCUUAACAAACUGGCCACAUGAUGGGAAUGUCUGACUACCAUUUGAAAGUGGAGUCUUGCAUAGCAGCUGCAAACUGCUACUUCAGUAGUGCUUGAGAAUGGCUGCACUGAUUCUGUAGACCAGCUUUUAAAGAGAACAUACUCAAGAGACAGGCAAGGUAGGAGCAAUGGUUGCAGCUCUGAACUAAUUACUUCUGCCUGAGUGUGCAGAGAUCUUGUCUAGUAGGUAAAUGCUUCUUACCAUCUAUCUGUCAUUCACUCACGGUUGGUAGGGUAGUUCAUUUAAGAACAGCUGCUUUUAGCUUAUUCAGUGUGCCCUGUGCUUGCUAGCAAACAGACCUCAUUCUGCAAGAGGUUCUUGGCUUGAUUAGAAAUUGUCUGGCAGUGUGCAGUGUUGGUAUGCCCUGUAACUGAAUCUGCCUGGAGGUAUCUAAUUAUUAACUGACUUCAGUACCACAUCAACCUCGAGUAAAUGUAUCCUCUGUACAGGACUUUAGCUCUGUUCCCUUCUGCAUAGUGAAUAUCUAGAAAAUGAAAUGGUGUCAUCGAGGUCUUUUUUAUUUUCUUUUUUACUUUUUUUUCCUGUGAGCGUGUGUGUGUGGCUUUGGCUUUUUCCAAAUGUGAAAGUGUGGGCUGGAUACACUUGGUGCAUGGCUUAGAAACAUGGGACUGGAAAGAACUUCCUGGGUCAUCAGAUCCAGUCCCCUGCUAUUGCAGGCAACCGUGUCAUAUAAUCCUUUUAAUAAACUGAUCAAGCUUAAACACCUGCUUGUAAGUGGCUUGUUUUCAUGGAAGUUCUGUAACUCAUGUUGCUCUCAACUGAUGCAAGUAAUAUAUGAAAUAUGAAGUUAAUCAAAAGGUCCUCCAGCUUAGCUUUAGGUUUAUCAUUACAUUUAUCUAACUGACUUUCUUGAACCUGUUACUCUUUGCACAACACUCAGGAAAGUGUUGAAUCUUUACACUCCCUUGCUAUGAAUAAGAGUUGGUGUGCUUGCUUAUUUUUUUUAAUGGAAAAGAUGGAUGUCUGGCUUGUUGAAACCUGUUAGAUAUGUUAAUUGUCAAGGCAAGAAACAAUUGAGUUACUUGUAUUUGAUACAUAAAUUUAAGGUUAGAGUAUACAUAACCAUUUUUAAAACACAUCAACUUGCAGUGUAGUUUUAUAUUUAAUACUGAAAUUGUACUGCUAAAGUUUAAACUGCUGUUAAUCAUAUUCCUCUUCUGAUCAUAAUGAAAAAAUAAAGGGUAAGAAAAUGCUUAA